AUGACUAUCUUGUUUUGCUUUGGGGCCCGUUCAUUUGGUUACGCGUUCCCAGGCAGCACAAAGGGGCUGCCGCUGUACCGUGUUAGAAAAAUCAGCCUAACACGGAGCAGUGAUUUGCACUACUCUGUUCAGGCUUUCAGCACCAGAAAAUCAAGGAAUGUGCCAAGGAGAGGAGCACAACUUACGAAAUCUGGACAGGAAGCAAUUUGUUACCGUUAG